ACUUGUUGCUGCUUGAACCCCAAAUCUGCCCCUCUUAUCUUGCAACAAUCAACAAUCGAGGCCCGUAACUUUCGACCAGUUUCCGCUUAGCUACUCCUUCCAGUUGGCCUUUCUGCACUUCCUCCUCUCCAUAAUUCCCUUCGCUGUCCAUCAAACGCGCGAUACUGACGCGUCAGCCGAAAUGCCGGCAGCAGUCACGCCCGGCGCGCGGCGACACAGCACGUCGCCGGCGCGCGGGAAACGCGGCGGCGGCGGCGGCGGAGGAGGAGGGAGCGCUGGCAAAGGCUUAGGAAUGCCUGGCAAGUCGGGAAAUACCCCUCGCGGGGGGAAAGGAGGCGCAGCGAGGGGUGGGCGAGGGGGGACGAAGGGAGGGGCGGCCGGAGCGCGGAAGGGCGGGCAUUCGGACAAGAACCCGAAGAAAAGAAGUUUGAAAGAGGAGGAGGAGGAAGAGGAGGAAGCGGCGAUGGAGGAAGAUAUCGAGGAAGAAUUGGAGGUUGAGGGUUUUGGAAAGGGGAAAGGGUUGGAAGUUGAGGACGAGGAGGAUGGGGAGGAUGGGGAGGAGGAGGAGGACGGUGAUGAGAAGGACAACGUUAAAUUGGGCGGCGGGAAGGAGAGGGCGUUUAGCGACGAGAACCAGUCGUGGCUGAAGGUGAAAAAGAGAAACCUGCUGGAGGACGACGAUGAUGGCGAUGAGGAAGAUGAAGAUGCAGCCAUGCCUGACGACUUCGAAGGCGAGGAAGACGACGACGACGACGAGGGGAUGGACGAUGAGGAGGAAGAGGAAGAGGAGGAGGAGGAGGAGGAGGAGGAGACGGCGUUCGAGCGCAAGGCGCGGAAGCUGGAGGCGCGGAGGGCGCAGGAGGCGGAGGAGGCGGAGGCGGAGAUGCAGCUCAACAUACAGGACGGGGAAGACGUGGGGCUGCUGCUGCCCACAGACGAGGAGAGGGAAGCAGAGGCAGCAGCGCCGCCGGACCUAUCCGUGAUUCAGAAGCGAAUCAACGACAUCGUGCGCGUGCUGGGCAACUUCUCCAAGCUGCGCGCGCCCUCGGUGCCGCGCACGGCGUACGUGAGCCAGCUGGCGGUGGACCUCGCGCUCUUCUACGGCUACAACGACUUCCUCAUGGAUGCCCUCAUGCAGAUGUUCCCCGUGGCGGAGGUGAUGGAGUUCUUGGAGGCGAGUGAGAAGCCGCGGCCGGUGACGAUCCGCACGAACAGCAUCAAGGCAAGGCGGAGGGAGCUGGCUGCAGCGCUCAUCAACCGCGGCGUCAACCUCGACCCGCUCGGGCCCUGGAGCAAGGUGGGGCUCGUGGUGUACGAGUCUCAGGUGCCCGUGGGAGCGACGCCCGAGUACAUGGCGGGGCACUACAUGCUCCAGAGUGCAGCGUCCUUCCUGCCAGUCAUGGCGCUCGCGCCCCAGGAGAAGGACGUUGUCGUUGACGUUGCGGCUGCACCGGGCGGCAAGACGACGUAUGUGGCGGCACUGAUGAGAAACACAGGCAUGGUGUUCGCGAACGAGUUGAAGCAGCCGCGCCUGAAGUCGCUCAUUGCCAACAUCCACCGCAUGGGCGUCACCAACACCACCGUCUGCUCCUAUGACGGCCGCCACCUGCCCAAGCUUCUGGGGCUCAACUUCGCAGAUCGAGUGUUGCUGGACGCACCCUGCUCUGGCACCGGGGUGUUGUCAAAGGACUCGUCGGUCAAAGUGAGCAAGACAGAGGCCGACAUCCUCAACUGCUCGCAUCUGCAAAAGGAGCUGAUCCUAGCCGCCAUAGACAUGCUGAGUGCGGACUCAAAGACAGGGGGCUACCUCGUCUACUCCACGUGUUCUCUCAUGGUCGCUGAAAAUGAGGCGGUGGUGAACUACGCACUGAAGAAGAGAGAUGUGAAGGUGGUGCCGUGUGGGCUCGACUUCGGCAGACCUGGGUUCGCCAAGUUCAGGGAGCACCGAUUCCACCCCUCGCUGGCGCACACGCGGCGCUUCUACCCCCACGUACACAACUUGGAUGGCUUCUUUGUUGCCAAGAUAAAGAAGCUCAGCAACAAGAAGAAGGACGAGAAGGACAAGGAUGAGGAGGCGGAUGGAAAAGAGGAGGAAUCGGAGGAUGAGGAUGCGGGGGAGGUGCAGGAAGGGGAGCCAGGUGAGGAUGCUGGAGAGGAUGGGGAGGAAGGAGAUAUGGAGGAGGAGGAGGAGGAGGAAGGGGAGGAGGAAGGAGAGGAUGAGGAGGAUGGUGAAGAGGGAGAGGAGGGAGAGGCUGGUGGAAAAAAGAAGAAUAAGAAGGGGGUGAGUGGAUCACAGGAGAGCGCAGUGUAUUUUGAUGCGGCCAAGGCGAAGGCGGCGACGGCGGAGCAGAUGGAGAAGCGGCGGCAGCAGCAGAACGCGCGGAAGGACAGCAAGGAGGAGAAGCGGAGGCGCAAGCAGCACAUGCUCAAAGAAAGGCUCAAGGCGCAGGGCGGGGGGGGACGAGGAGGGGACAACUUCUAGAGAAGUUUUAUUUAGAAGGUGCUAGAUUGCAUCCCGGUGUUGCUCUUUGUGCUCGUUAUCAGCUUUUGACGAAUAUUGGUGGUUGAAUAUGCAGGCAGUUACACUGCUGGCUAGCAGUUGCGCCUUUUAGUUCAUGUGGCAGUAGUGGUAUCAUAUCAUCCACGCUAUGGGGAACUAGUGGUUGUGGUGAUCAUGUAUUCGUUACCCGGAACCCGGGGGAGGUUAAUGUCGUGGAUGAGAUGCUC